AUGUGGGGAAACACGGAAGAAGAACGGUCAUUCUUGGAACAUCUCUGUUCUUUGGAUAUCGACUCUCCACAAAUCAAACAGACUCACAUGACAAGCAUCAUUGCCACAAUAGGUCCAGCAUGUGACAAUGUUGAAAUUCUUCAAGACAUGGUUUUGGCAGGAGUGAAUAUUUUUCGUUUGGUGAUGGCAUAUGGUGAUCGAUAUUCUAGUCUUGGACGUGAAAUUUUCCUUAAGUCCCAUUCAAUUGUUCGCUUCACAAAUAAUACAGAUUUCCUAGACAAUAUGGAUGACAGCUUCAUUUAUGUUGAUCAGAAGAAAUUAAUUGACUUUGCAGACAUUAACAGCAUCAUUGUUAUUGAAGAUGGACCCCUUUCGUUCAUUGUUAAAGAUAAAGUGGAUACACAUCGACCAACUCCAACGUUAGUGUGUGAAGUGUUAAAUGAAGGCAUUCUGGGUAAUCGACAGACUUGUCAUAUGAAUGGAAUGCCUGAUAUGUGUCAGUUAACAGAAAAUGAUGAAAAAGACCUUUCCUUUGCACUUUCUCAAAAGGUGGACAUGGUGUUUAUGUCAUUGGUCAGUGAUGCCAGCCUCAUUAAAUCUGUUCGGAAAUUCUUUGAUGAGAAAGAGAGUUCCAUAAAAAUCUUAGCCAAGAUUGAAAAUUACAAAGGCAUAAUUAAGUUCUUCAAGACCCAGCUCCAUUUAUAA